UUGCGUCAACAUUUACGUUAUGGAAAUAAUAGUGGAACUCACAUAAUACGAUACUAUGGUCUGACCCAAGAUCCAGUUACAAAGAAUUAUAUGUUGGUCAUGCAAUACGCGAGAAAUGGUGAUUUAACAAAAUAUUUGACGAAUAAUAAUUUCAAUAUCACAUGGGAACGACGUUUGGAAAUUCUCUAUGGUAUUGCCACCGCCGCGGAUGUUUAUAGUUUUGGUAGUAUCAUGUGGGAAUUGGCAACUGGUCAAAAGCCAUUUUCGAAUCGAUUAAAUGAUAAUUCUUUGUCAAAAGAUAUUUGUCAUGGACUUCGACCAAAAAUUGAUGAUAAUAUACCAGAAUGUUAUAGUAGGUUAAUGCAAAGAUGUUGGAAUCAUGAUCCAUUAAACCGACCAACCACCAAUGAAUUAUGUGAAAUCAUAGGAGAAUGGCUAGUAGAAAUUUCUGAUGGACUCUCAACAGAAAUAACAAAAGAAUUUCAAAUUGCUGAAAAAAAACGUAUAGAAAUUUCAAAUUCAAAUCAACAUUUUUCCGUCUGCGAAUAUAUGGCCGCGGAAACUGCUUUAUAUAGCUUGAAAUUCGCGGCUAUUCAAGCAGAUAAUUCAGAAGUCGCGGCGGAACUUUACGGUACUUAUAAAGCUGCAACGAUUGGCACUUGUAAUACUCCAAAACCUUCUUUACUAGAUUUUAGAGGUAGAGCCAAGUGGGAUUCUUGGAAUGAUUUAGGUGAAAUGUCAAAAGAGGAGGCAAAGCAACGUUAUAUCGAUAUUUUGGAACAAGCAAAUGUUGGAUGGAGUAAAGAUCGUAUGGACAAUGAAGAAAAUUGUGCAAGAUAUUUGUAUAAAAAUGGUGCUAAUAUUAUACUUAAAGAUGAGGAUGGAUUUACAGCUUUUGAACAUU